AUGGAUCCUUGUGUACUAAGAAAUAUUUUCCCAUCACAUCGUCCAUCGCAAUUAACAUUAUCUCAAUUAAAACAAUUAUCAAAUCAAUUUAAUUUAUCAGCUGAGGAAAUUCAAAGGUGGUACCAACGUUUCAUUCUUUGUUAUCCAUAUGGUUAUGUUUCAAUUCAAGAAUUUUUGGCUUAUUUAAAACAGUUAAACAUCGAUAGAGAAAAUCAACAAUAUCAAUUGCCAAAAUCAUUGAUUAAACAACUGUUCUAUACUUUAGAUUUGAAUAAAGAUCGAAAAUUGAAUUUUGAAGAAUUCUUUCAGUUCAAUUUCUUGAUCAAUCAAGGAACAGAUCAAGACAAGCUUAAAUUUAUAUUAACCAUACAUGAUCGACAUAGUAUUUAUUAUACGCGACAAGAAAUUGUAGAUAUUUUAAAAACGUUAUUUGAUUUAUUGAAUAUUUCUAAACAAACAAAUGAAUUAUCAGAACGAAUUAAUAUGAUUUUGACAUCCUCUAAGAUGAACCAUAACACGACCAAAAUUUGUUGGAACACAUUUUGUACAUAUGUUCUUAAUCAGUCAUCGUCAUUUCAAAUCUUAUUAUCAAAUCAGUUGGACACUGAAAAUGUUGAUAAGUUUAAAUUUUUGUUUUAA